GGCUUUAUUCACAAACACUCACACACUCUCCCGGCGACCCCUAUUCGAGACCCCCACUUACACACACACUCUCUCUCUCACACACACACACACACAGCAUCUGAAAACCAUGAAUGAGCUGAAGAGCAAAGUGUUUUGGAGAGCUGUGUUGGGCGAGCUGGUGGGGAUGACACUCUUUAUCUUCCUCAGCAUCGCCGCUGCCAUCGGGAACACCAACAACACCAACCCGGAUCAGGAGGUGAAGGUGUCUCUGGCAUUCGGGUUGGCCAUCGCCACGCUGGCUCAGAGUCUGGGUCACAUCAGCGGCGCUCACCUGAACCCGGCCGUCACCCUCGGCAUGCUGGUCAGCUGUCAGAUCAGCUUCGUCCGCGCCGCCUUCUACAUCCUGGCUCAAAUGCUGGGUUCCUCCAUGGCCAGCGGCAUCCUGAUUGGCGUCCGGCCCGAGAACUCCACGGCGCUCGGGGUCAACGCGCUGAACAAAAUCAGUGCACCACAGGGGAUCGUUGUGGAGAUGCUCGCCACCUUCCAGCUCGUGCUGUGUGUGUUAGCCGCAACAGAUAAACGGCGGCGUGAUGUUGCAGGUUCGGUUCCCCUGGCCAUCGGACUUUCCGUGGCUCUGGGUCACCUCACCGCCAUCAGCUUCACAGGAUGUGGCAUUAACCCGGCUCGGUCCUUCGGCCCUGCCCUCAUCACCAGCGACUUCACCGACCACUGGGUUUACUGGGUGGGGCCGAUGUGUGGGGGUGUGGCCGCUGCACUCAUCUACGACUUCCUGCUUUACCCAAAGAUGGCAGAUUUUCCAGACCGCCUGCGAGUGCUGGUGUCUGGACCGCCGACCGAUUACGAGGUCAACGGGCGGGACGACCUGCCGGUUGUGGAGAUGUUGUCGAAGUGAUGAAGAAACACGAGUCUUUAUUGUUCCUGUCACUGGACAAUAAGUCUCGAAUGAGAUGAUUUAUAUUUUUCUGUGGUCAAAACCCUGAUUUUGAUUUAAAUUUUUGAAAAUGAAAUCGUACUUUAGAUUUUCCCGUAACGCAUUCCUGGGACCUUCUAAUUACCUUAGCGUCCAUUUAAAUUCCAAACACUGGAACAAAAAAGCGUGAGAGAUUAAUAAGCAAGUCAAGCAAAUCAGUGUGCAAACCAACUAGCCACAAAAGAGGAGCUGUAAUUAAAAACGUCACGUGAUUCGUGUUCAGUUCUCGAGUGUAUCAUACUCUAAAAACUUACAUUACCUGUAAAUAUCUCUUAGUUUUCUGACAAAUUCCUUUUUUUGUCACAGCAAAAUGUAAUUUCAUAUUUUGUAGUUUAGUUUUAUUUCUCUCACUUUUUCAAUUCCUGCUUUUCGUAUGUACCUGAUUUUUUUUUUUUGAAGAAACAUAAUUUUCUUCAGUAGUUUUUUUUUUUUUUUGUAAACAGUAUUUUUUUUCUAUGUAAAUGAUUGUAUUGUUUUACGUUUUGUACUUGAAUAACCCGAGCACUAUGAAUUUCGUUUCCUUCACUUUUUUUGUACGUAAAUAAAUAAAAUGACCUAAAGUUA